CGAUAGCAUCGUGACGCCGACGACAGCUUAACCACUUAACCUCGAGAAUCGCCCUCUUCAUCGGCAUUCUUCGCCCGCUCCCAUAUCCUUGCAUCGCGACUCCUAUUCGACACAUUUACUGCUUCACUCGCCCGCCUUAAGCCGAACUCGCCGGCCCCCACCUCCCUCGGCCAUCUCCAAGACGAAAAGUCGCCCUUCGAGCUCCAUUCCUCCCGACCUUGAAGACAGAAAUCGCUCUUGUUCGUCAACUCUCUAACGACCGUUUCUACGACCAAUAAUUACCAUAUUUCGCCCCGCCCACCUCUAAACCGCCAUCAUGGUUAUCCUUACCGAGGUCGAGGACGAGCACUUCCAGUCCACCCAGGCUGGUCCUGAGGUCGAUGACGACGACUACACCGAUACUGAAUCCGAGAUCUCUAACGAGUCCGAGUACGACCCCUCAGAUGAGACCCUCGCCGAGCGAUUAUAUGCUCUCCGCGAUAUCGUCCCCCCCACCACCCGGUCCUGGAUCUCUAGCCGUGUCAACGCCGUCACCAGCACCGCCUGGAACAUCGUUUCCUUCAGCGGCAAGGGUGCCUGGGUCAUCACCACCUCGGCCCUCUUCUUCGGUGUCCCAUUCGCCCUCUCAUUCGCCGAGGACCAGCAGCUCACUGCUAUGGAGCAGGAGUACAACAUGCGACAGACGGGUGGUGAGCUCCUGACUGCCGGUGCUGAGGGCAACACUGCCGAGAAGGUUGGCGCCGCACUUGGCGACAACCAGGCCCGACCUUCGUUGUAAGAUGGAAACAGCAUAUAAAAAUUGCCUCCCACACUGGAGGCUGUUAUGACCCCGCCCCAAGUGGACGUGGUAAUUGUUGGGCCGAGUAGUGAGCCCAUUUUUGUACAAUAUUCGGAAAUGGCGCAUAUAGCCAAUGGCCCCUUUGAUGAAUGCACUGGGCUGGACUGGGAGGGGCGAAAUGCGGAUGCAUGCAUACCUAUAUGAUGUAAAGUUUAGGACGGGGACAGACAAGUAAUGGCUGCGAUCUCAUCUCUGGGGAAGGUGGCUUCACAUGUAUUUUGUCACACUAAGACUUUCUAUUUUCUGACGCCAUACAAUGUGAUCUCAUUACCUAUUAA